AUGAAUCCCGCGCAAUUCGCUGCCUGUCCAAACACUGGAUACAUUCAGUUCGUUCAGCAUCCGACAUCCGGGAACGCUGCUCUCACCGGGUCUCAAACUAUUCGCAUUGUUCAACAGCAACAACAGAUGUCAACUCCCUCGGAGUCGCAACUUACCAGUCCGGUUGGGGAUUCCGGUUUUGUGGAUCAGACUGAACGAUCACAAUCACAGCAACAGCAACCGCAACACACUGUUCACUCGUAUGGGGCCAAUGCUGGUGGUAUGCUAGAGAGCAAUGCAUCCGCGAAAUUCAUCACUGCUCAGAUCACAACUGGACCGUCCUCACAGUCCAUCCAAUCUGCAUCGCAUCAACCAAUGCAGCUGAACAAUCGUACUGUGCUGGUGACGAACGCGAAUGAUUCAUCUUCCGGGCUUCCCUCGGCUGUUAAGAUCCAGGACGAUCUUUGUUUGACCGAGGCUCAAGUGAAUUCUGUUCACAAUCUGUUCCAAGGCGCAAAUCGUGUAUCGCGACCGGAAAAAGCAAUGAUCGUUUCGUUCAUUGCUGGGGCUCGAGGUAACCCACAUCCUGAAGCCGGAAAUACACUACGAAUCCGUUUGAGUGAAUAUCGUGAGCGUGUAUUAAAUCAAGCCACCGGACAACUGAUGGAUGUGGCCGCUGAUACCUACUUGCAUAUGGAUUAUGCAACUGGGAAAUGUGAAAAAGUCAAGUACUAUCGCAAUGAACCACCGGAAGUGUUGCUUCGACUACCUGUCCAACCUGCGGCCUUGCACUAA